GGAUGAAGAGCUCACAGCAGAGACGGUGUUGACGUGAUUCCGGGGGCCUGGCAUCAUGUAGCUUAUCCUGGGGGUUCUCUGGACAUCUCGUUGUCGUGAUACUCACCUGUAACUUAUCUAAUUUUCGAGGCAAAACUCAUUAUUUUUUUGACCAGUUCGUUAUUGCUCGGUUAUCGACAAGUAAUUCAAAAAGUUACCAGCCGCACUGUUAAGUACUGGUGUGUGUGUGUGUGUGCACUUAGCCUGUUAGCUCAUAGUUCACUUAGCGAAACCGAGUCUUCCAGCUAAUGUCUCGCCUUUGAACGGCUGUCAACUCCAUCAACGGGACCACGGGCAUCUUCCCCCCGGCCGUCUGAUGGAAGGCUGAGGGGAAUGAUGCUCACAUUCCUCCGCGUCCUCUUCACAGGCCUGUUAGGUGUAUUAUGGGAUGGAGCUCAUGCCUUUGGUGGGAUCAGACUAGUAGAUGGGGAGAACAAGUGUUCUGGGAGAGUUGAGGUUCUCCACCGUGACGAGUGGGGGACAGUUUGCGACCAUGGCUGGGACCUACGGGAUGCUGAUGUGGUGUGCUUACAGCUGGGAUGUGGCUUAGCUGAAACUGCCUUUAAUGGCGCAGCAUUUGGUGUUGGCAAAGGAGAGAUCUGGUUGCACCAUGUCCAGUGCACUGGACAAGAGUCCAGUUUGACACGCUGUGCUAUUGCCCUUCACAGUAAUUCGUACUGCACCCAUGAGAAUGAUGCAGGAGUGAAAUGCUCAGGUACUCUUUUAAGACCCUCUCUCACCCUGCUGUCGCCUCACACUGAGUUCUCACCUGGGGAGACUGUUCGCUUUGGCUGCAGUGUUCUGCUGGGUCAUCACUUCAGUGACUUCCACCUAUACAAGCACGGAGUGUCCACGCCCCUGGUUACACAGAGGGCAGAGCAGAGCCAGACCAGUGUGGAACUCACACUGCCCGACAUAGAGAUAUUCCACCAGGGCAGCUACAGCUGUCGUUACAGGAUCAAAGGUCGCUUCCCUUUUCAGCUGCUCAGCUCUCCACCCAGCAACUCCAUCAACAUCACAUUGGGUGCUCUUCUGACACCCAUCCUCACCCUGCUGUCGCCUCACACUGUGUUCUCACCUGGGGAGGCUGUUCGAUUUGGCUGCAGUGUUCAGCUGGGUCACCAUCUGAGUGACUUCCACCUGUACAAGCACGGAGUGUCCACGCCACUGGUUACACAGAGGGCAGACCACACCCAAAGCAGAGUGGAGCUCACACUGUCCGACGUAGAGACUUUUCACCAGGGCAGCUACAACUGUCGUUACAGGAUCAAAGGUGGCUUCUCUUCUGAGCUGCUCAGCUCUCCACCCAGCAACUCCAUCAACAUCACAGUGGUGGAACUCUUGACUCCCCAACACUGGUACAACACGUCAUCAGAUGCUCCGGCUGGUUCUGUCAUGAAAGGCCAUGGUUUUAACAUCACCUGUUCCACCCAGCAACAGUAUCCCGGAGGGUCCUUUCAGCUGCGGCUAAUUCAGCCCAAUGGCACAGUGCGCCAGUCACUGCCUGCUCUAACCCCGUCUGUCACUUUCACCUUUCCCAACGCACAGAGCUCCAAUGAGGGCUACUACUACUGUUUGUAUCGGGUCCAAAUGGGUGGACGCACUUUUGUCUCCAGAGAAAGCCAACCGCUGCCUAUAGCCAUCAGAGAUCCAGAUCCACUACUGAGUCCAAUGGUGAUCAGCUGGCUUGUGUCUGGCCUGACAUUUGUUGUAGCUGUCAUUGUGAUAAUCAUUGUGGCGAAGGUACUAUGUAACAAGGAGAAGAAUCCGUCUGAGCUUGAGCGAGAGACCAGAACCUGUGUGGACAACACUUAUGUUGCCUUAUCAAUUAACAAGCUAUGAUGGGGAACAUGUACAUGCGAACAACUUGAGAAUCAUUGGCAAAAGGAAAGUCAGGAGGGUCAAACAUUGAGUCCUACGUUGAUUUGGACAGCAUGUAACCAAGAAACCAACAGCUUGGCCGGUCGUGCACUGCACUUUUGACAAAGGAAUGACACGGACCCAGUUCAGUACAGUCCAGAUGAGGUAGUUUUCACUUCACACCAACAUAGACCUAUGACUGUACAACCAUUUUCUUUCAUGCCAAAUGUCAGGCUAGUGUUCAAAUGCAUGUGAUUCUCAAGGAUUGUGCUACAGUGAGAUGUAAAUUAAAGGCCACAAAAGACUGACAAAGAGUGUAAAUCAGUAUAAAGGUUCAGGUCAGGGUUUCACUGUCACUCAGACUUGGCUACUGCCACAACCUCAGAUGUGAUGAGUGGAAAACUGCCACUUAGAGCUUAAUCGGGGGAAACUGUGACAUAGGUUCCUCAGGUCUGUGCAUAACAUUUUGUAUUUAUUACCAGAUAGCACUAAUGACAUACUCGGCUAGGUUACUAUGUAUUUGCUUCCACAGAUCAAUGAUCCUUAAGGAUUAGAAAAUGUUUUGGUAUUUUAACUCUAAACCUACUAUUCGUCUUAUAUCAUUAACAUACACAUUUCGGCUCUUUUAGAGUGAACAUAGAAGCUAGUCUCUUAAAAUACUGCUGUUGAAGCUUUUUCUUUUCCACAGAUAGUUUUUUAGUAGCUAUUACUGCAUGUCCUAUAUAAUACAACAUCAGAUCAAACUACAUAAAAGGCAACAGCUUUAAUCAAAAAUGCAUUAUACUUUAUUUUUUAUACCAUCUGUGAUCUAAACAUUUCAAUUUUGUUUUUGUUCCUGAAUAAAUGACACUUGUUUA